AUGCUCCGGCGAGUCCAUGAAAUCCUUUCUAAGAAAUUUCCAAAAUGGGUGUUCGAAGAGCGUACCGAGCCAUUGGAUUGGUCCAUUUUACCAGUGGAGAUGAAACGAGAGAUUGUGAAACAUACGGAUUUUGAAACAAAAUGCCGCCUUCGCCAAUGUUCCGUUCAAGAUAAGCAGAUUGUUGAUUCUUUGAAAGUUUCAAUUCCCCUCGUUCGAAUAGAAACUGACAGAAACUACAUGUCUGUUAUGAUUUGCGAGAACAGAAAUAGAGUCGUGAGAGUUGAUUUGAAGAAGAAAAAUAAGAGAUUGAGGAAGAAGUUCACAAUGAAAAUUAGUGAUAACAUUCAUGGUUCUAAUGCUAAGGAAGUUUGUUCAAAUUGCGAAUCCGAAGCUAUUUUUGAAAGUCUUCUCAAAUCAGUCUACCGUGACAACGUAACCAUUGAGACGUUGAAUCUCAGCCUGAAAUAUCCCAAUGAUAUUAUCACCAAAUACCUCGACAUUCAUUACCGUGAAGUAAUUGGACCCCGUCGCAGAACUAAAAUUCUAUGCAGCGAUUUGGAUUUCCUCAUUGCUCAAGUGCACUUUCUGCCAGUUGAUGAGACGAGAGUCAUCAACAAUUUGGUGACUAACUAUGAAGAAGGAAGAAUUAUGAUGGCUGGAAAGAAGUAUAAUGUUUCUCCGAUGGGUCAUUUUGCAAGUAUUGGAGUGACGUCAUUCUGGAAACCAAGUUUGUUGGCAUGCAAUUUGGGUGCUCUUAUUGCUGGAAUCAUCUGGAAGAUUAACACAGAGAUGGAAUGCUACUACAUUCCCGGACUACGUGUUCCGGAGUAUCAAGAGUACUGUGACCGGUUUGAAGGGCGGAUCACGAAACACAAUGACAUUCUAGUCCUUCAUAUACCUGCAAGAGACCCAGAUAACAACCAGAAGUUGAUUAUUAAAAUGAAUAAAUGUGGAGUUGUAAUCGAGAAAAGACGAUUCGAAGACGUUCCCGUGUUUGAGAAGGAUAAGUGUAUUCUUGACUGGAUGUGUGCCAGCUGUGAUAAGUCUGUGGAGAGUUGGUAUUUCAGAGCAAAACACGGAAUUGAAAAUUAA